AUGGUGACUCUUGCUCUCAAUUACACCACAACAUCGUUACUUGUCAAGAUUAGCGCUUGCUCAAAGCGCAAUGAAAAGCAUCUCGCCGACCUGAAGAGUGCUUUGGAUUCAAGCAUCCGGGAAACCCACCUGACGCUGCGGAGCAUCAACGGUGAGCUGGAAUCUAUCCAAACGACCCAAAAUGACGUUCGAGGAAGAGUCGAGGAGCUGCAUGGGCGUCAGGAUAUGGAGGAAGCUUUGAGGAAACGUCAACGCAUCCUUGACUGGCUCACACCCAUCGACCACGCUUCAGAGCAGCGGGACGCCAUCAGUCGGCGGCAAAAAGGUACCGGUGAAUGGCUGCUGCGCUCACAGACCUACCAAGACUGGCUCAGUACCGACAGUCGUACCUUGUUCUGCCCUGGUAUUCCAGGUGCUGGCAAAACGGUCUUCGCGUCAAUCAUCAACGCUGAUCUUUGGGAGCGUUAUCAUGAUGACCCUACGGUUGGCUUGGCUCAUCUUUUCUGCAACUACCGGCGUCAUAACGAGCAGACAUUAGAAGCCCUACUAUCAGGUCUACUGAAACAGCUUGUCCAACAUCAAGUUCCGUUACCAGAGUGCGUCACCAGUCUUUACGACACACAACAAAAAGGGGCUUCGGAUCGGAUCGAAGCUACUACGGAGGCUCUCAGGUCAGCAAUGGCAACAUACUCACGAGUAUUCAUCGUACUAGAUGCUCUCGACGAAUGCUCUACAUCUCAAGGCUGCCGCACAAGGCUGCUGUCAAGUAUCCAGAACUUGCAAAAGCAUGGUCACAUCAACAUACUUGCCACAUCUCGAUUCAUACCAGAGAUCACCGAGAAGUUCAAAACAGCCUGUGAGCUGGAAAUUCAAGCAGACAGCAACGACGUGCGAGAAUACCUCUCUGACAAUAUAUAUCGCCUACCAGGUUUUGUGCAAGAUAAUGUCAGCUUGCAGGAAGAAGUUGUGUCCAAGAUCGUUGAGGCAGUGCGCGGAAUGUUUCUCUUAGCCAAGUUGCACCUUGAUUCUCUGAUCGGGAAAAGAUCCGCGAAAAAGGUGAAACUCGCCUUGAACGAACUUGCUACUGGAUCUGAUGCUUACGACUCUGCGUAUGAUUCUGCCGUGAAAAGAAUCAACGGCCAAGUCCCUGACCAGGCGGAGCUCGCCAAGCAAGCAUUGGCGUUUCUUACCUGCGCCCGAGCAUCAGUCUCUACAGAAGCGCUAAGAGACGCUCUGGCCGUGGAGAUUGGUGAACCGGAUAUGGACCAAGAAAACUACCCAGACAUCGAAGACGUGUUAGCUUCGUGUCUUGGUUUAGUUACAGUAGACGAGGAUUGUGGAAUCAUCCGACUCGUCCACUACACGACACAAGAGUACCUUCAGCGCACCUUGGAUCGAUGGUUUCCGGAUGCGCAAGCCAUGAUAGCAAGUACCUGCGUCUCCUACCUAUCUUUAGAUCGAUACGCCGACCUCAACAACUUGGACCCCUCAGAAGACUGUGAAUGGUACCGGUUCGAUCGUAUUGAUGUUGCCAAACUCUUGCUUGACGCAGGAGCCGAGAUCAAUCACACCACAGCAGACUUUCCCAUUCGGUCCGCGUUAGCAGGCGCCCAUUGGGAAGGAAAACCUAAGAUUAUACAGUAUCUUGUCGAACGCGGUGCCGACCUAAAGCUUGGGCUGCGUUACGAUACACUAACGACCUACACGCAUAAAAAAGCACCAAGACAAUACUACAUGUCGGACGAAUACGUCCAAGAGCAAAUGUUAAAGUACCCACUUGGUGGCCCUGUUAGUAAUGGCAGCACUUAG